AUGGAGGAUCUUCCGGGUGCAGCACUUGCAGAGAUCAUGAAGAGGAUUACAAGGACAAGUGAUCUAAGUUCUCUUUCUCUUGUGUCGAAGCGGCUCUACACCAUUGAUGCGGAGCACAGGAGUACUAUCCGUGUUGGUCGUGGCCUUUGGCCUGCUAAAGAAGCCUUGUUAACACUCUGUUCCCGAUUUUCCAAUCUGCGGAAAGUUGAGAUCAAUUACCAUGAUUCGACACGUGGCGAUGGGAAUCAGAUCGACAACCAAGGCCUUCUUACGCUUUCAACUUGCUGUCCAUUGCUGACUGAUCUCAUUUUAAGCUUCUGCUAUUACAUCGAUGACUCUGGUCUAGCUUACCUAACUGAUUGCAAGAAGUUAGUUUCCCUCAGGCUGAACUCUGCAAAAAAUAUAACAUCAAGUGGGCUUCUCGUUGUGGCUAUUGGUUGCAAGAAUCUAUCUGGUCUUCACCUCAUCAAUUGCAAUAAAAUCAGUGGUAACCCUGAAUGGCUGAAGUACCUUGGCAGUGAUGGAUCAUUGGAAGAACUUGUUGUAAAGAAUUGUGGAGGAAUCAGCCAGUACGACCUCCUAUUGUUUGGUCCAGGAUGGAUGAAGCUCGAGAGGUUUGUGUUUGAGGUCAGUAAUCUUUACAACAUAUUGAGACUUCGAGAUCCCUCAUUCGUGGCGAACUACCAGCGUAGCUAUGAUUUCUGCUGCGAGAGUUUGAAGGAUUUGCGUUUGAGAGGGAUUGCAACCGUGGAAGAAAUAGGACUUCGUUCUCUUCUGGGAAAAUGCAAAUCAUUACAGAUACUUUGCCUUCAUUUUGUUCUUGGUCUAACUGACAGUGACAUGAUCACACUCUCCCAGAACUGCAGCAACCUCAAAAGCAUCUCUCUUCAGCUUGAGCCUGUUGUCGGUGUAGGACCUCAAGGUAGAGUUUUCAGGAUGCCAUUGACUGAUGUAAGCCUCAAGGCUCUAGCCCUCGGGUGCCGUAUGCUUCAGAUUGUUGAGCUCGCAGUGUAUUCCCGUCACACUUCUUAUCCAGAAAUUGGCUUCAGUCAAGAGGGCCUUGCGACGCUCUUCCAGUCUUGCCCAAUUCGUGAACUUGUUCUGUGUGGUGCCAAUAUCUUCGAUGAUGAGGUGAUGAAGGCCCUCUCAUCUGCACAAUUCCUGGAGACUCUCAAGCUUAUGGAUUGCAAACGGAUAACUGAUGCCGGGAUGCGCUUGCUUGCCAAUAGUUCAUCUUUGGUUAACCUCACAUUGCAGGAUUGUCGCGGUUUUACCGAUGAUGGAGUCAGUGAGGUCGUACGUGCACGGAAUUUGGAUUCUCUGAUUGUUCAAGGCUGUCGCGUUUCUUGGAAAGCUGUGAAGGGGGCUGCCAAAUCUGUUCGCUAUGAUCGUAAUUGCCCGGUCUAUGGCCGUCUAAGUAGAUCGAGCAUGAUAUCCACUCUGGAUUAG